AGUAUAGCCAACAGGGUGGAUAUCAAUCUCUACCACCUGGCGGACAAUAUCCGCCGCCUGGUGGAUAUGGAUAUGGUGGAGAGUAUAGCCAACAGGGUGGGUAUCAAUCUCUACCACCUGGCGGACAAUAUUCACCGCCUGGUGGAUAUGGAUACGGUGGAAACAAUGAUCCUUAUGGGCAACAGCAACAAGAAACGAAAAACGUUGAAGAGAUUAAAUCUCAAAUUCGAGAUACUAAAAUGGACUCCUUAGCCUCUACUCAACGGUCGUUGCAGAUGGUUAAUGAUGCAGAAGUUUUUUUGUUAAAUACAGAGCGAAUAAAUCACACGGCGCGUCAAAUGGAUCUUUCUGAAGCACACACAGAACGUGCAAACAAACAUGCAGGAAAAUUGAAAAAAGUUAAUGGAUCCAUGUUCGGCUUUGAAAUAGACAAUCCAUUUACCAAAAAGAAACGUGAAGCAGCUGAGCUAGCAAGAGUUCAAGCGAUGCAUAAACAAGAAAGGGACAGUAGAAUGCAUACGAGAACUGGCAAUUACGAAUCACAAAAAAGAAUCAACGAAGCUUUAAAACAAAGUGAUAUACCUAGUAGUUAUGGUAGAAAGUCUCCAUCAUCAAAUAGAAGUAAUUUCCAAUUCGAGCCAGAUGAAGCUGAUGAUCAUAUAGAAAAUCAAUUGGACAAUAAUUUGGAUAUGCUUUCGCAAGGGUUGACUCAACUAAAAGAUGAGGCUACAACGGCUAGAGAAGAAGUGAGAAACCAAAAUGAAGUUUUGGAUCAUAUUUCCCAUACUGCAGGCGAAUUGGAUAAUCGCGUUGUUGGAACAACUCAUAGAUUAAGGAAGAUUUAA